CGUACCAGCACUGGGCCAGAAAAUACGAGACACCGGUCACAUUGACUACUUUGAAAUGGCAACAAAACCAACCACUACUCCCACCCCCGCACUGCCCCUAUCGGUCAACGGGUCGACAAUAGUGUUAACAACUAAUGGCUCGGCAUUCUUGGUCAGCACAAACGGCACUCUCUCAGCCUUAUUAACUACCAUCACCAACACUACCAGCCCAGGCACCCCCUCCACCACAACGCCCGCCCCACCGCCACAACCGCCCAUAAAACCUGUUGUAUACAACCGGUGCGACAAUGCGCACUGCACAGCACCCGUGCCCUCCAAACUGAACGUACAUCUCGUGCCCCACACCCACGACGACGUGGGUUGGCUCAAGACUGUGGACCAGUAUUACUACGGCUCCCAAUCCCAACACCAGAAGGCGGGCGUACAGUAUAUCAUCGACUCGAUGGUACAGUCGUUGCUCCGGGCAGAGCACCGGCGGUUCAUCUACGUUGAGACGGCAUUCUUCUGGAAGUGGUGGCGCGAACAGGACGAAGAGCACCGGGAACAAGUUCGCACUCUGGUCAACGGGGGUCGACUCGAGUUUAUUAGCGGAGGUUGGGUGAUGCACGACGAGGCCAUUACCCAUUAUCAGGGUAUUAUCGACCAGAUGACCUGGGGCCAUCGACGCCUACAGGACAUGAUUGGCCAGUGUGUUGUGCCCCGCAUUGGGUGGCAGAUCGACCCGUUCGGCCACAGCCGAGAAUCGGCGCACUUGUCGGCUAUGUUUGGCUUUGACGGCCUGUUUUUCGCCCGAUUAGACUAUGAGGACCAAAAGCUCCGGUCGGCUGAAAAGCGUAUGGAGUUUAUAUGGGAGGGUUCGGAUGAUAUCGGUAAGAGUGCCGAUAUAUGGACCCACGCCAUGGCCGGCUCGCUGUACGGCCCGCCGACUGGCUUUAACUGGGAUGUGCCCGAAGGCGGCGAUGAGCCUAUUAUCGAUGACCCGGAGUGCGAAGACUAUAAUGUGGACAAAAUUGUGGACAAGUUUUUGAAUUACAUUCUCCCGUAUUCAAACAAUUAUGCCACUAAUCAUCUGCUUAUUCCUAUGGGUAUGGACUUUAAUUUUCAGUCGGCCGGCGCCUGGUUCACGAACAUGGACAAACUGAUCCGGUACACCAACGCCCGGCAACGUAACGGAUCCAAUAUAAACGUGUUUUACUCGACCCCUACUUGUUAUCUGGCGGCUGUCCAUCAGUCCAACAACACUCUCACCACUAAAUCCGACGACUUUUUUCCAUACGCUUCGGACGGCGUAACCUAUUGGACGGGUUAUUUCACUUCUCGACCGGCGCUCAAACGGUACGAAAGGGUUGGCAACAAUUUUUUACAGGUAUGCAAACAGUUGGACGUAUUGGCCGGUAUGGGAGGCGCGUACGAUAAGGAGGUGACCGCAUUACGCGAAUGGCAGGCUGUUAUGCAACACCAUGAUGCUAUUACGGGCACCGAAAAACAGCACGUGGCCAAUAAUUACGCCCUCAAACUGGCCAAGAGUAUCGCCGGAUGCGAACGGGUGGUGGACAGGGCUGUUACCAAAUUGGCUACGAAGUCAAUAGCCAACCGGACUGCUCAGUCCCUACCGGAGCAGCUAUUUUGCAAACAAUUAAAUGUGAGCGCCUGUGAGUGGACCGAGUCGUUGAACACAUCGCUAGCCGUUACGGUGUAUAACCCGUACGGACAGCCGGUGCGGCACAUCUUGCGACUGCCGAUAACCAAUCGGUCGGUACAAGUGCUGGACCCGACCGGAGCGCCCGUCAACCAGACCUAUGUGUUUCCCAUACCGGCGCCCGUAUUGCGGCUCAAAGAGAGGGUCAGCGAAGCGGUAGAGGAACUAGUGUUUGAAGCGUCGGUACCGGCACUUGGGUUUGCCACUUAUAUACUAAACCGUCAAGACACAGGUGAUUCCCUAAGAGCACCGGUAGUGCGUAAAGUGGACCGUGACUUUUUGGUGCAAACCCCCGGAUUUAACGUAUUUUUCGAUAGUUACGGACGGCUACAGGCGCUGCAGUUCCGUGACUCGGGUCGGACGGUGUCAUUGCGUCAGGAGUUUGCUUACUACCGGUCGUUCGGGGGCAACAAUUAUGGGCCAUACCGGGCGUCCGGGGCUUACGUGUUCCGACCCGACCGGGACGAGGCCGAUGUGAUCCACCCCUCGGACGGCAACUUCAGGGCGCGAGUGGUGGAGAGCCCUGUGCUCACCGAAGUGCAUCACGAUAUCAAACAUGACUUGUCACAAGUGAUACGUAUAGACCACCGGAGCGAUGCCAUCGGGUUUGACUACACGUGCGGACCCAUAUCGGUGGCCGACAUGUGGGGCAAAGAGGUUGUGUUCCGGUGGCAGACAAACCUGACCACUGGUGGCGUGUUUUACACCGAUAGUAAUGGACGACAAACGAUGCGUCGGCGCCGCGACUAUCGGCCCACAUAUAACCUGACAAUCACUCAGCCGGUGUCGGGUAACUACUAUCCGGUGACCAAUUGGAUAGCCAUCAGGGAUGAGAAGGCCGGCUUGCAAUUAACCAUGUUAAAUGAUAGGGCACAGGGAGGCACCGGGUUUAGAGAGGGACAGAUCGAGUUGAUGGUUCACCGGCGUAUACUAAACGACGAUGGGAUGGGUGUCAAAGAGCCCCUCAACGAACCGGGUGUUGAUGGCAAUGGUCUGGUUAUAAGGGGUCGCUUUUGGCUACAAUUGGCAACACUUGCCUCAGCGACUGAACUGCACCGGGAGGCCGCCAAUAGACUAAUGAUGGAGCCGGUGGUAACGUUUAGCAGGUUGGAUAAAGAGCCUGCUACCUAUCAUAAAGAGCACCGGACUAACUAUACGGCACUGUAUAACCCACUGCCCCGUAAUAUACAUUUGCUAACACUGGAGCAAUGGCCGAAUCGGACCUUAUUGUUACGGUUGGAGCACUUUUAUCAGUGGAAUGAGUCGCGCGAGUGGUCAACGCCGGUGAGGGUUGAGCUCCGGGAUCUGUUCCGCAAGUUUGUGGUGUACGACGUGUUGGAGACCACUUUGAGCGCAACCGAGAAUAUUCUGGCCGUACGGCGGCUCCGAUUCUGGGAAACUAAUCCCAAUAACCGCUUGUCUCAGACUCUCAACCAGACUCACAGGUUUGAGCCCAAACGCAAUGAGCUAAACACUACGGAUCUAUCGGUCAUUAUUAACCCGAUGGAAAUUCGCACGUUUAUUGUUAGAACUAAGCCUAGG